AUGACUUUGAUCUCUCCUCUCUUCAACCUUGGAGACAUACAAAACUUGCAUCUGAGUGCGUUCUACUUCACUAUUUUCGAAAUGGCAGCUACAAACCAUGUCCCUACGCUCGCAUCCGCGGCUAUCCCGUCAUUUAACUGUCCACCGGGGACAAAGAUGUACAUUUUAAACCUAGGAACACUCGAAGCAGAUGAAUCAUGGCUUCUUCGAGGUGUCAACGCGAGCACACUUAGCAAUCCGAACCCGGAACAUAAACGUCGUCGAUUAAUUCUUCUUUCAGCUCUGAUUGAGUACCCCGGUGUAGGACUCAUUCUCUAUGAAACCGGUUGUGCAGAGGAUAUCAAUGUUAAAUGGCCAGCACCUGUAACAGAUGUCUUCCCCCGAGUCGAGUACAAAGAAGAACACAAACUCCCAGCUGCAAUAAAAGCAUCAGGCCAUGACAUCAAAGACGUCAAAGCCGUGGUAAUAGGCCAUCUCCACCUCGACCAUGCCGGAGGCCUCGAGCACUUCAUGGACACUAAUAUCCCAAUCUGGGUACAUGAAGAAGAAUUCAAACACGCCUGUUGGGCUGUUGGCACAGGUGCCGACCUAGGCGUUUAUCUAGGGCACUACAUGUCUCUAGAGCGACUCAACUGGAAAACGUUCACGGAGUCCCAACUGGAUCUCUUUCAAGGGAUUAUCUUACAUCACUCGCCGGGACAUACGCCUGGAUUGUGUAUUAUGCAGGUAAAUCUCGAGAAGGAUGGGACGUUUAUUUGGACGACGGAUCAGUUUCAUGUGGUGGAGAAUUAUGAGUUGGGACAUCCGCAUGGGGGUCUGGCCAGGGACCAUAAUGCUUGGUAUCGGAGUUUGAAUAUGAUAAGGCGGUUGCAGAGGCUUUUUGGGGCUAGAUUGAUUUUCGGACAUGAUUGUGAGGUUGCGGGGGCGUUGAUGGCUGAGAAGAGCUUUUUUGAGUAA